AAACAAAGAUGGUUCAAGCUCCUAGUUAGAUAAAAUAAAUAUUUUUAGACACAACGUAGAUAAUUUAAUAAGACAUUUUGAGAGUGAAAUGUUUUCAAAAAUAGAUUUUAGUAUUUUCUUUCGGAAGAACGCACUCAUUUUUUUUUCUUAAUCUUCCAGGACCUUGACGCAUCGUCUCCAUUCAGCCAUUGAAGUGGGAAGAGUCCAUACUGUUAUGAUUGAAAUGCGACCUAAAAGACGAUUUAUAGAAAUAAAAAUGUUACAGAUUAAAUAAAUUAUUGAAGUUAUCCGGCGGUGUAAGGUGAAACUCUUCGUUCGGCUUCUAUCGUCGGUGAGAGGCAGCGGCACAAAUGUCUGGAGCGGCCGGCGGGGUAGGAGGCUCCCCGUGUUUGGGCGCAGCAGGGGCAGCCAGUUGCAGCUCCGCCGGCUCUACCUACAGUGCCGCGUCCGCGGGAGGAGCGGGGGUGGCCGGGAGGCUACGGGCUCGAGUGCUGGAGCACAUUUUCUCCUAUUUGGAACUGGCGGACUUGAUGAACUGUUCGUUGGUCUGCUGGCACUGGAACAAUGUCCUGGCGGACGAAAACAGUGAGGUGUGGCGCAGCCUCUGCACCCGGAAUCUCGGCGAUGAGGCUCUGCGGUCUGACAUCCUGUGUAACCUGCCCACCUACAAGGGGAAACUCAAAGCCUACCAGCACGCGCUGAGCUCCCACGACUGCUCGCGCAACGUCUACGUGAAAAAGAACGGCUUCACGCUGCACCGCAACCCCAUCGCCCAAAGCACGGACGGCGCGCGCGGAAAGAUCGGCUUCUCGGAAGGGCGGCACGCCUGGGAGAUCUGGUGGGAAGGCCCCCUUGGCACGGUGGCGGUCAUAGGCAUUGCCACAAAGCGCGCUGCGAUGCAGUGCCAGGGUUACGUAGCUCUGCUGGGCAGCGACGACCAAAGCUGGGGGUGGAACCUCGUCGAUAACAACCUGCUGCAUAACGGGGAGGUCAGCGGGAACUUCCCGCAGUGCAACAACGCGCCGAAAUACCAGAUUGGAGAGAGGAUACGAGUGAUCCUGGACAUGGAUGACAAGACGUUAGCCUUCGAGAGAGGCUUUGAGUUUCUUGGAGUAGCGUUUCGAGGACUUCCCAAAGCCUGUCUUUUCCCGGCUGUUUCUGCCGUUUACGGCAACACGGAGGUCACCAUGGUGUACCUGGGAAAACCUCUCGACGGUUAGACCGAGCAGUUCCAAUACUCAAAUGUAAGCUUUAGACAGGUACAGGACCUUUUGUUUUCUUCACACUAUCAUCCAAACCGUUUGAGACCUCUGGAGGACGACUUCUUCCAAACAUCUCCAUCCACAAAGAGGACUGCUUGUGUUUUCUACCACGGAGAAGAAGUGCAUGCAGAGAGUCAUGAAAAGGGUUGGUCUUUGACUCCACUUUUACCGUUAAGCUGCUGACGUUUGGUUGACAGAGCAAGAACUGGACUCCACUCUGUUCCGGCUAACAGCUUUACACACACUUGAGGUUUUUCUGCCUGCUCCAUUGAAGCCAAAUCUACUCUAAUUAUUGACAACAACUACUUAAAUAUUAUAAGUGAAAAGGUUUUUGUUCAUAGACGGCUUUUUGCUCCAUACGUUCAUGAAACAACUCACUGUGGAAUAAUAACCAGUGACUGCAUUAUAAUGAAGUUAUGCCAAACUAUUGUCAUACGUUUUAUUUUAUUUUCAUUUUAUUAUUAUUUUUAUAUAGAUAAAAAUAGAGGAAAUGUUAUUACAUCUCCUCUUUUUAAAGAACUCAGUAUUGGUGCAAAUGUGUGUCCUUUUUAUCGUGCUACUGUAGUGUUCACUUUAUUUAAUUUAUGGUUUUAUCCUGGUACUAUAGACACUGUAUGGUUGUGAGGCCUGUAAAUAAAGUCGAUAUGGUGCCACCACUAUAAAAA